GAAGGCCGCCCGCCCCAUUUGUUCCGGCGCUUCGAUCUCCAGGGCGGCGCCGUGUUGCUACGUAGAUCGCCGUCCCAAAUCCGCUUCGCGCAGAUUUUGCGGGAGACCUACGUGGACAUGUGGACCGGCAAGCAGCACCAGAAGCGUGACCACCGCGGCAAGGACCAGCCCGCGUUGGACGCCGCGGCAUUGAGGUUCGGCGAGGUCGCGGCGCUCCCGUCGGCGUAUAACCUGAAACCCAACCACUGCAGCAGCCACGGCCAUCUUGCGAGAGGCGCCGUGCGAAACGCCGCGUCUGACACAUUCGCGUCGCGUCGAUGGCGUACGAGCUGUAGCCUACCCCACCGACACGCCAUCGCCGCGACCAGUCACGCGCAGGUUCGAUUUCUCCAUUGGAAGGACAAGACGCGGACGCGGCGCCGCGCGGAAGUUUGUAACAUCAUAAACGCGAACACGACGGCCCGCCUGAUCCUCGGCCUCUCGAAAUGCGGCAUGCACGGCGACGAGCCGGUUCGGCUGAAGCGGUUGAAGAGGCCGUGGAUCGACCAGGACUAA